GGAAAGAGGAAAACCCUAAAAUUAUGUUGUAGUACAAAAUUUGGGCGCAAAGUAAAUUUAGCGCUAGUAAUUUUGCGACUGCUCAUCUAUUAAUCUGCUACUGUUGCGCUGCACAGAGCUUAUUUGCGCGUGGCCCACGCCAUCUUCGCCUCUUUCGCACAUAUUCAGUGAAAUUCUUCGCCUAAAACCUAACACACCCAAACCCCUCUCUCUCUCUCAUCCAGCCCUAAUUUUCGUCAUUUUAGCGUGAUCAUUGAUAGUAUUUCUACAACCAGCGUAUUUGGUAGCGAGCUUCUGCCGGAUUCUCUGGCAGUCUUUUAGAUUUAUCUCGGAGUGAAUUUUGUAGACCAAAGGAAAAUGAGCAUCAGAGAAGGAAGAGGCAGACCUCGUGGGGAUUACCCUUCAAGAUCAGAAGAUAGAUCCUACCGUGGUCGGGGGAGUAAUCCGCCACCAUCAAGGCAUCUCUGGGUCGGAAAUCUUCCUCACAACUUAACUGAAAGUGAUGUGGUCCAUCAUUUUCUACACUUUGGAGAGCUUGAAAGCAUUGCAUUUCAACCAGGUCGGAGCUAUGCUUUUAUUAAUUAUAGAAAUGAAGAUGAUGCCUAUGCUGCAUUUAAAGAGCUUCAAGGUUUUGAUAUUGAAGGCAAUCCACUUAGAAUUGAGUAUGCCAAGGCGGAAAAAUCAUUAGCUCCACCACGUGAUGCAGACUACUCUGAGCGGAGGGAUAAUCCACAUUCCAGGGGACGAGGAUCUCCCUUUUCCUCGAGGGACUCAAGAAUGCGUUACUCUAGUCCUGAGUUAUCACAUCAGAGCAAGUCCAAGAUGAGUGACAAAAAUGCAGAACCAAGUGAGGUCUUGUGGAUUGGAUUUCCUGCCCAACUGAAAGUAGAUGAAUAUGUUUUGAGAAAGGCCUUUUCACCAUUUGGUGACAUUGAGAAGAUAACUGCAUUUCCAGGUCGCACGUAUGCAUUUGUUCGCUUCAGAGAUGUGAUGGCAGCCUGCGAGGCUAAAGAAACUCUGCAAGGAAAGUUAUUUGGAAAUCCCCGUGUACAUAUAUGUUUUGCGAAGAACGACAUGGGGCCAUCAAACAAAGAGAGGAGCUCAAAUGCUCCUCCUUCGCCACACAUUGGAAAAUAUGGACGCACUGAAUAUUUUGAUGACUUUGGAUCUGAUAGGGACUAUGGCCAUAUAUCUGGGGAUCCCAGCAUCAGAUCUCCUCCUUAUGCGCCACAUCUGGAUCGUGGUGAUCGUAACAUGAGGGAUACUAAUUCGUGGUCUGGGAGACAUGAUAUCCAUGAGCAGAGGAGAUUCCCUGGGCAUGGGUCUGAGCUAGGGUUAUCCGCAGAUGUUUAUGAUCAUCCCCAUAGCCCUCCAAGGAACAUGAGAGCACAUAUUCGUGAAUUCUCUCCUAAAGGUUUUCCUCAUCAAGGUCCAAUCUAUGAUGAUCCGUGGGAUUUGCCUGAAGAUGUCUCUUUCUUGCGCGGGACCAAAAAACUGAAGACCGAGAGAUAUCCUCUUGAUAAUGAGUUACCAGAAUAUCCACUAUCUGAUUUAGAGAAAUCGAAACGUAUGCCCCCUCGUAAUAUUCCUCAGUCCGGCCUCGAUAACAAUGACAAUUCCAGACAUUCAGGUUAUAGACCAAUUCCUGAGCGUUUGAUGAACACUGGCCAACCAUUUAUGGAAAGGGGUGAUCAUUGGAAUGCACCAUAUGAUGAUUUUCAGGUUGCCCCUCUGCCGAUGCCUCCUGUUGAUCGGAGAAAAUUGAACUCUGAUUCACGCGAACCUUCCUCGAAAGAAGUUUGGAGGUGGGAGGGAAUGAUAGCCAAGGGAGGAACAACUGUUUGUCGUGCUCGCUGCUUCCCUGUUGGAAAACCGCCGGACAUGGUCCUGCCUGAAAUUCUCGAUUGUACAGCGAGGACUAGCUUAGACAUGCUUGCGAAGCAUUACUAUCAGGCGGCUAGUGCUUGGGUUGUCUUUUUUGCCCCAGCAAAUGAUCCCGACAUUUCAUAUUACAAUGAAUUCAUGAGCUAUCUUGGGGAGAAGCAGCGGGCAGCAGUCGUAAAAUUGGAUGAAAGGAACACCUUAUUUCUCGUACCUCCUUCAGAGUUCUCCGAGAAAGUUCUGAAAGUACCAGGUAAACUGAGCAUCUCUGGUGUUGUCUUGAGGUUAGAUCCUCCUGGUUCUAGCUAUGGAUCCCUUCCUCCAAACGAAAACCGAGAAACUUCAUUUAACUCGUUCCAGAAUGAAUCGGUGUACCAGAAUCCAGUCUCACCAUCAGGGCCUUACUUGCCGCCUCCACCACCUCUUACUGGCUACGAAAAACCUGGAACCGUAGCACCUAUUCCCGGGAAUUCAUCUUCAAUUAGUGAUAUGCGGUCAAUUGAUGCGCAAGGGCAUGAUUAUGUUCGGAAGCCUGCACAUGGAGCAAACUGGUCUCCCCAUGAUUAUCAGGACUUGAACCCCACCGUUAGAGAUACUACACCACAGGUCUCUAAUCUGCCAACGGGCUCCAUGGGUCACCCUUACUAUGCAGUUCCUCGACAAAUGCAGGAAGCAACUCAUAGUAGCUAUACACCCGGUAACUCGGGUCUCCCCACGAGUGGAAAUGGCAAGUGGCCUGUUCCGGAAAACCCUUCUAUUUCUUCAUCGUUGCCUGUUGCAGGUCUCCCACCGGAGCAACUUGCUCAGCUGGCGUCGUCUCUUCUCGGACAACAGGGACAAUUGAGUGGCGUAUCGAGCUCCGGAGAGUACAAACCAUCAGGAGGAAACAUUAAUCAACCAGAAUACCAGUACAGAAUGCCCCAAAAUUACGGAUUAGCUAAUGAUCAGAUGUCAUCCGAUUUCCCAGCAUCACAGUAUAACCAAGUGCGGCAGUUGCUGCAGCAGGCCCCAAACUUAGUUGUAUCGCAACGAGAGGCUCAGUUAAACCAGCAGCAGCAGCAGCAGCAACUUCAAAUUGCCGAGCAAGAUGAUCCUGAUGCUGAUCCACAGAAGCGUUUGGAAGCAACACUGCAGCUCGCUGCAGCUCUUCUUCAGCAAAUCCAGCAAGGGAAAGGUACCUGAAAGAUUGAAAUUGUUUGUGGGGAGUUGUGUUAUAGCAUUCUGAGCUUUGCCUUGCUUGCCUCUUCUUGUACUUGUUAUAUUGUUGUAUGAGUAAAUUAGUUUGGAACAAUGUGGGAUAAAGGCAUCUGUGCUUACACAUUCAUUCUUGAAGUUGGCUGUCUUUUUUGUUGAUGUAUUAGUGUUGUUGCGAAACAGACGGGAUUUCGAUUAUAUUUUGUAUCUACCUUUGAUUUUGAAUGAAUUGAUUAUCUCAAGAAUCAAUGUAAGUAUAACGUCUUGUGUGUU